GCUGGAGAUCGAGAUGUUGCCAUACCCGGGUCUAUGAAUCAGACUCGCUAUGAACAAAAACGAAGAACAAGAAAGCGCAUUCACAAAUAUGGCUUUCCAUAUUGACAACAACAGGAACAAACUGUCAUCUACAAGCCGACUUCCUGAGACAACAUUGGUAUGCGCAAGAAGAUACCCCAACCAUCAAACUCCAAACUCCAUCACCAAUCAACCUUCCAUCGGCUCCACUGAGCAGGAUUCCCAUCGUUUGCUUUGGCAUCCUCCCCAUCUCCCUCGACAUCCAAUCCCUUCCACCAUCUCAUCUCAACUCCUCCCACUUCCCACCCCUCUUCCACUCCUCCCCCUCUCCAUUCCCCUUCCCUCUACCUCCUACCCCCCUAGCACCAGGCCAUCCCCACCCCCUCCUUCCCCUGUUUCCCCCAUUUUCUCCAUCAACCCUCCCCACCUUCCUCCUCAACCACCAAACCCCCGUGCCGAUAAUCCCCAGCAACACCAAAAUCGCAAUGAUCGCCGCUGCGAUCUGUCCUUUAUCGUUGUAGGUUAUUGGUUUGCCAUCUGAAUUUGAGUCUGAGGAGGAGGGCAGUAUAUCUCCAUAGGUGGAGGGGUCGCCUUCUGGAUCGUUGGUUGGUUGGGAGGGGAGCGCGAGCGCGGUGCUGGUGAGGAGGAGGAGGACGAUGGUUGAUGAAUACAU